AUCACCAACCUGAAAGAAAGGGUCCCUAAGGUUCAUUAUAAGUAUCUUGACAUUUUCAGUGAACAAAACUCACAAUGCCUCCUGGAGCACACCUUCUGGGAUCAUGCUAUUGACCUCAAAACUAUGUUCAAACCUCAAAUGCCCAAGAUAUAUGCUUUGAGUCUUGAGAAGCAUGACAAACUAGGAAAAUUCAUUAAGGAACACCUUGCAAGAGAAACUAUUUAUAGGUCUACCUCAUCCAGUGCCACCCCAUUUUUCUUUAUAGGAAAGGAUGGAAAAUUAUGCCUAGUACAAGAUUAUUGCCAUCUCAACAAACACACUGUCCUGAAUGUUUGCCCCCUCCUAUUAAUCUAG